UAAGAUUCCAGGGCCUAAAGUCUCUCAUUUAACGAAAUUUUAUAUUGGAGUGAAGCAAAUUAGCGGACAAAGAUGGAAAUGGCUACAAAAUGAAAUUGUUCCAAAAUACGGAAAGAUAGUUCGUGUUUCUCCGGAAGCAGUAUUAUUCUCUGACAAGGAUAUCGUUAAACAGAUUUUAUUGACAAACGAAUUGCCAAAAAAUAAAAAUUAUGAACGUUUGCGCAUCGACGAGAAAUAUUCAACCUUAUUCACAGCCAGAGAUAAAGAAAUUCAUAAACGAAGGAGACGUGUCCUAUCACCCGCAUUUUCAAUAAAGCACCUGUCAUCUUUAGAACCGUUUAUGCGCACUUGUAUUAAUGAUUUAAUUGCAAAAGUUGAUGGUGAAAUUUCUAAGUAUGGUAGCAAGGCUGCCAUAAAUCUUUAUUUGUUGAUUCAAUAUAAUGCAUUGGACAUUAUUGGGGAGACAGCUUUUGGAGGAUCAUUCAAGUUGGUAACAAAUGGAAAUCAUCCUAUGCCAUCUAAAGUAUUUAGUGAACUAAGAAGGAGGGCUUUGAGAAGUCUAUUUCCAUUUCUCAAACCAUUCUUGAAGCAGGAUCCUUAUCUUAUUGAUUUCACCAACAAAAUAAUAAAACAACGUCGCCAAGAAUCAUCGCAUAAAAAGGAUUUGUUACAAAUGAUGUUGGAUACUAAAGGACAUGAAGAUGGUUUAACAGACUUUGAAAUAUACGAUCAAAGUAUCGAAUUCCUAAUUGCGGGUAGCGACACAACAAGCUUUACAGCAACAAUGAUAAUGAUAAUGUUAGUCAAACAUCCUGAAGCAUUGGAAAAAUUAGUUAAAGAAAUCGACGAAGCUUUAGCAGAAAUUGGUAGUGAAGAAAUCCCAACUCAUGACCAAAUAAAACAUUUACCUUACUUAAAUGGAGUUAUUAAUGAAGGACUUAGACUCUUCCCUACUAGUAGAGGCCCAGGUAAAGAAGCAACAGAAGAUUUAGUUCUUGGUGGAUAUUUCAUUCCGAAAGGGACAUUAGUGAUAGCAAACACACUGGGGCUUCAUAUAUCGAAAGAAUAUUGGGGUGAAAAUACUAAAGAAUUCGUACCAGAAAGAUGGCUGGAACCCGAAAAAUUGACGCCUGAUAGUUUUAUUCCAUUUUCAGCUGACAUUGAAAAUCAAGAAAUAGAAUUAUUACAAUUCAUUACACCAAGUUUGAAGUCCAAGAAAUAUGAAGUCGCCGUCUCUAUGCGAAACUAA